AUGACGAACUACGGCACCAUCCCGACGUCCUCCUCCCCCUCCGGCGCUCCGGUCGACCUCGAAUAUAUCUCCCGCGCCAAGGAGCGCAUCAAGGCCGGCCUCGGCACCCGCCGCCCCUGGCGAGAGAUGCUCCGCGGACUCGGACUCCCGAGAUCCACCCGCGAGGCGGUGGCGCGCGUGCGGGAGAACCUCGCCUACUUCCGGGUGAACUACGCCAUCGUCAUCCUCGGCGUCCUGUUCCUCAGCCUCCUCUGGCACCCGAUCUCGCUCAUCGUCUUCGUCGCGAUCAUGGCGGUGUGGCUGUUCCUGUACUUUCUCCGGGACGAGCCGCUGGUCGUCUUCGGCCGCCUGGUCACGGAUCGGGUGGUCCUGGUCUUUCUCGCCGUGGUGACGAUCUUCGUCCUCUUGCUGACGCAUGCCACCGCCAACAUCCUGGGUUCGCUGCUCGUCGGGGUCGUACUGGUGCUGGUCCACGCCGCCGUGAGGAGGACCGACGAUUUGCUCACCGACGAGGAAGCUGCCGGGGGUUUGCUCAGGUCCGCCGGCGGUCCUCCUUCAUCUUGA